UGUUGUGAAAUCCAGAGCUCCCUCUCUGUAUAACAGUGUAGCUGUCUGUGGUGCCUCGUUCUGUUUUGUAGUUCAGGGUAGGAGGUCAAAAUGCACAUGAUGGCCAAAAGCUGUGUCCUGCUGUUGUGGCUGCAUUUACUUACCUCUGUAGAAAGCAAAGACUGUACAAUUGAAAAGUUUCUAAAGAGCUCUGAUUAUGAUUCCAAUUUCGACACAAGUGGUCUGGAAUCCAGUUAUGCAGGAGGAAGACAAGUGAGAAUACCCUGCAAUGUUGGCUACAGUGGCUUUUUCAAAAUAAUCUGCACUGAGGGGAAUUGGGAGCCUAGGGGCACAAAAUGCAAACCAAAACCAUGCGGUCAUCCUGGAGAUGCCCAAUUUGCGGAUUUUCGACUUAACGAGGGAACAGAUUUUGUCUUUGGAUCAGAAGUUGUCUACGAGUGCAACAGAGGUUAUCACAUGGUCAGUCGAACAAAUCGGCGGCGUUGCACAGCAGAUGGCUGGGAUGGAAACAUUCCAGUAUGUGAAGCCACCAAAUGUCCAGUUUUUCAUGUGGACAAUAAUGUCCAGGUGUUUGGGGAUGUUGAAGAAGCCACCUCUGGCAGUGUUGUUCGGUUCAGUUGCAUGUCAAGGGAUGAAAUCUUGUAUGGGCAACAGGAGAUAUUUUGCCAAGAAGAUGGAGAGUGGAGUGGGCCUAUUCCAAACUGCAAAGAAAUAAGAUGUUCCGUUCCUCACAUUGAUCACGGAAGUGUCCCUAGCAGCCCUCGGGAGUACAAAGAACAUGAGACCUUAAAUUUUAGAUGUGAUGCUAAAUUUAUACCGGCUGAUGAGAGACCUCCAAGAUGCACAAAGUUUGCAGGAAAACCAAUGUGGAGCCCCACACCUGCAUGUAAACCUAUACAAUGCUCACUGACUCUGCCACCACUCACUGGAACAACAUAUGACCCUCCAUACACAAAUGUAUUCAUACCUGGAGAUACACUGAGAGUCACGUGUGGGGAGAAAUACUGGAUCGUGGACACUGGAACAACAGUGGCAGAUCUUAGUUGCAAAGAAGAUGGAAAAUGGGACGCGCAUCCUGUAUGCCAAGAGGUAACAUGCCCAAGAUGGAUUGAAGGACAGCAUUUGAAAAAGCCUGUUGAUGCUUGGAGAGGACAUAAAUUAGGUGACAGUCAAAGAUAUGACUGUGCCCCAGGCUCUCAGCCUGCAAGUAGAGAUAAAAAAGCAAUAUGUACUAGAGAUGGCUGGGCACCAAAACCCCUUUGCCGAGGACCUUGUGAAAAACCUCAGAUCAGAAAUGGAUUUGCAGUUGGUCCUCUUGAAGGAACUUUGUACUUUGCUUGUAACGAAAAUUACAAACUUCCUACCAAAAGCUGGUGGGGGCAGGCCAAAUGUAAAGACGGCGACUGGGAAAAACUUCUUCCAUGUAUAGAGAAAGACAUGUGUGGAGAAGCGCCUGAAAUUUCCAAUGGAAGAUUAAAUGUCGUGCUAAGUCCUGCUGUGGUUCAAUGCAAUGAAGGAUACACUCCUGAAGUUACCGAGAUAACUUGUUUAAAUGGAGAAUGGAAUUUCUAUAAUUUUACUCCAAAAACAAUCUGUCGUGCUACUUCUAAACACUGUGGCCCACCACCCAAAGUGGAGAAUGCAAUUGUUACUGUGGCAUAUAAGAAGAAAUACUCGGCCAACUCCUCUGUGACUUAUCGUUGUCGUGAAAAGUAUCAAAUAGAGAAAGAAGACACCGUUACAUGCAGAUCUGGGGAAUGGGAAGUAAAGAAUAUCACAUGUACCCCUUAUUGUGAAAAGCUUACUAGUUCAAGACUAGUGGUUGAAGAAGCUAUGGAAAAACAGAGAUAUCUCGAAGGAGAAGUGAUUGAGUACGUGUGCACUUCUCCGCAUGUAAAAGCAGGAGGAAAUGCAACAUGCAGGAAUGGCGAGUGGAUAAAAACGGAAGAAUGUCCAGGCAUUCCUUGUAGAGUUCCACAAUUGGGUCCUGGUCUUGGAAUUUCUGGAUUUCCACCCGAAAAUAAUCUGGUGAAAUCAGGAAAAAAAUUACGUUUUUACUGCAGAGAAGAAUAUGACAUAGAGGGCUCUGCUGAAAUUAAGUGUUUAGAAACUGGAGAUUGGGAUGCCCCACUGCCAACCUGCUCAGAGAAAUGCAGAAUACCAAAUCAUUCAGAAACUGUACGCAUCGCUUCAUCUGUGCCAGGCAAUGCUCUAGAGAAAGGAUUUCAGUUGUCAUUCAGUUGUGAACAAAAUGUACACAUCAUGAAAGGAAGUAAAACAAUUACUUGUUUGGGAAAUGGAAAGUGGAGCGACUCACCACCUGAGUGUGAAAGGGCUUUAGGUUGUUCAGCGCCACCAUCUCUACCAAAUGGAGAAACCAGAAGCACAAGAUCAUAUUUUGACCAUGGUGAACAGGUUGAAUACUUUUGCCGGGAUAACUAUAAUUUAGACGGUGGCUCAUAUAAAACCUGUGAGAAUGGUGAAUGGAAAGGAGAUAUGCAAUGCAUUAGAUCUUCAGGUUGUUCACAUCCCCCACAGGUUGACAAUGGAGACACAGUUUUAUUUACUAAGCCAGAUUACCAAGAGGGUGAAAGAGUUGAAUACAGCUGUUUUUCUCGAUAUACUAUGGAGGGUGGUCCAUUUAAAACCUGUAGAAAUGGUAAAUGGGAAGGAGAGAUGAGAUGCUUAGAUCCCUGCACUGUGGAUGAGCAGUUAAUGGAGCAAAAUAAUCUUAGGUUUGCAUAUAGUGAGAAAAACAAACUAUAUAUAGUUCAUAAGGAUUACAUUUCUUUUUCUUGUAAAAGAGGAAGACGUGUCGGCAGAGUGCCACUGCGUGUACAGUGUAUUGAUGGUGUGAUGGAACUGCCUACCUGCCAGUGAAAAUUUUCAAUGAGCUUAUUAUAAAUAUGCAAUCAUAAAAUUAUGCUAAUUAUCCAAUACAAGAAAGUAGACAGUAUAUUUGACCGUUUUAAUGGUUAUUUCAGGAAAAAUAUGUCUAGUCUUUUGCUUCUGCUUGUUUCAUAAGAAAGUUUCAAGGCCAGUCGAUGUUUUCAAUGCUUCCCAAAGCAAAAAUAUAAAUGUUCCUCUUUCUUUGUUCUGUUGUUUCAAGAUAAAACAUGUCAGGAACUAUUGAUAAAUAAACCAAUGCAAACAUUGACCCUCUGUCAAUCUGCUGAAUAUUGUAUUUUGAUGAUGCUGAAUGCUACUGGAAAAUUAAAAUCUGCCUUUAUGGUUUAUUAUUCUUGAGGUAUGUAUGUCUUCCAGAAAAUUAAACCAUUUGACUUGAUCA